AUGAAGCGCAAAUCAAACUCCGUGGUAAAAUGUCAUUCAAUGUUAAACGAAGUAAAUUCAAAUGCAACUAAAAUAUACAAGGAUACUCCUCUUUUCAAUGGCCUUACUGAUUUUCAAGAGAAGUUUAGGCACUGGAAUAAGGUGGUCUUUGGACAUAUCGGCAGGCGCAAGGCACUAUUGAUGGCUAGAAUUCGGGGGAUUGAGAUGGCGUUAGAGAGGUCAGAGUCAGUGUUCCUGUUGGAUCUUUAUGAGGCUCUUAAAAAGGAACUUGACUUGGUCCUUGAACAAGAAGAGAGUUUAUGGCACCAGAUGUCUAGAAGUAAGUGGAUCACUAAGGGAGACCAUAAUUCAAAGUUUUUCCAUGCCACCACCUUGAAUCGACGAUGGUGUAAUGGUAUUAGGAUGCUUCAGUUAGACAAUGGUCAGUGGUGUGAUGAUCCGGUGGUUUUACGGAAUCACGCAUUUGCUGGGGAUCACCUUAAUGUGGUAACAAGCUCAGUUAGAUCAGAGGAAGUUCGUAGUACACUUUUCAUGAUGGACCCGUUGAAGGCUCCAGGGGUUGAUGGUUACCAAGCAGGUUUCUUUCAUCAGAAUUGGAGUACUUUGGGAGAAGAUGUCGUUCGCUUUGUUAAAGAGUUCUUCGAAAGUGGAAUUUUACCAGAUGGGGCGAAUAGAACUCUUUUAAUGCUUAUCCCUAAAAUUGAGUUGCCUGAAAAAGUUUCUCAGUUCCGCCAAUCAGUCAGCUUUGUUCCAGGCAGGAAUAUAACUGAUAACGUUAUCUUGGCGCAAGAAGUAAUCCAUUCUAUGAACUGUAAGAAGGAUAAGCAGACAUGGAUGGCUAUGAAGGUGGACCUCGAAAAAGGCUAUGAUAGACUGGAGUGGAACUUCAUUGAGGAAACUCUUAUGGAUGCAGGAUUAGUCUUUCUCACCAACGAGAUGUAUUCGUCAGGGGACCCCUCUCUCCUUAUAUUUUUGUUCUUUGCAUGGAGAGAUUGUUUCAAGCAAUCAACCACCGAGUUGCUAAUGGUUCGUGGAAGCAGAUUCACCUGUCUAAAAAUGGCCUUGGAAUAUCUCACCUCUUCUUUGCGGAUGACCCUCGAAGCAUCUUUGGAUCGAGUAGCAGUUAUUAAGGAGGGAUUUGGGUUUGAGGAGGUAACGAAUCUUGGUAAGUACCUUGGAGUUCCACUUUUUCAUGGACGGGUGACAAAGGAAACGUACAAACACUUGAUUGAGAAAGUUGAGAAACGUUUAGCAGGCUGGGUGGCAAAGACUCUUUCUCUUGUGGGCCGCCUUACGCUGGCUAAAGCAGGUUCAACUGGAGAUUCCAAGAAAAUUUCUUUGGUUGACUGGGAUACGGUUAAAACCCCUGUUGAGCAUGGAAGUUUAGGUCUGAAGGAUUUGUGUAAACAAAACGAGGCUUUCAUAAUGAAGAUCGGGAUGCAACUUGUGGGCGGGGAAAACAAAUUAUGGAUUCGUGUUUUGAAAGCGAAGUAUCGUUGGAGUGGUGAUAUUCCAAUGAGCAUUGAUCGACGUAAUUGCUCCCGGUUGUGGAAAGCUGCAAUUUGUCCACCUCAACCAAACCUUGGUAAUGAUGUGCCCGCAUGGAAGGAGGAUCCUAAUCAUAGGUUCUCGGUGCGCUCGGCUUAUCGUGUUCUGGCCCCUAGAUCAGCUGCUGGAAAUGGCUAUUGUUGGAAGCUAAUUUGGAAGUUGAAUGUUCCACAGAGGGUUAGAACCUUUUUAUGGUUAGCCCUUCAUGAGAAGCUUCUUACGAACAAAGAACGUCAUCGGAGACACAUUGCAGAUACGGGCCUUUGCUCUCUGUGCAAUGCCGAGGAGGAAGAUUUAAUUCAUGUUUUUCGUAGGUGUCCUUUUACGGUUCCUGUCUAUGCCUCAUCGAGAGUGGUUGAUCUCGAAUUUAAAUGGCCAGGGAGACUCGCGAUUGAUGCUAGGAGCUGGGAAAUUCUUUUUGCCAUUGUUGUUGGAACAUAUGGAAAAACGUGCAAUCUUAUUUUCCAGACUAAUUAUAUGGACUAUGAGGAUGUGGAGUUGAGGAGCGUUCGUUUGAAAAAGGAGUUAAUGGCGAAUGGGAUUCAUGAAGUGAACAGAAGUGGGGCUAAUCGAGUGAGAAGCGGUGGUGCAAGCCGACCAGGGGCUGGGUAA